AUGGUAGUGCUGCAACAUACUGAGCUCGACCGCAUCUUAUGGGGCCCAGCGUCGCUAGUCGGUCGAUCGCGUUCCACCGAUGCCGCUGUCUACAUCCAGUUUGCCGUGGUGGGGUCGCUCGGUGUGGCUUGCACGAUCGACUACGACAAGCCAGAAUCGGCACGGCUGGCUGCAGCAGCGGCGGUGCAGUUGGUGUAUUUUCGUAGCACGGAGCUGUUUGUCCGCUUGGCGUUGUUCGUGUCUGCCGUAGUGCUCUACGGCGACGUCUUCAUACCGUUAUAUCACCUCUAUGAGACAGAAGGCGUCCAAGUGCUACCCGCACUGAAGCUGAUGCUGCACUGCGUCUGGAUGUGGAACAUGAUACGCAUCGUGUACACGAUUAUGCAGUCGAAGGCCAUCACACCCCGUGGACGGAACAAGCGUCUGACGUCAAGCGCCGUCAAACGGUCCUCCCACCAGCACUAG